AGGAAAGCCCCAGGAAGUCCUCAACAUAAGCUUUUUUAACAAUGAAGCAAGUAACUUCAGAUUGCUAUUCUAACAUGUUGGAGAAUUAUUUUAUAGUUUAGGAGUGGCAUUUUGCCUCUGUAACAUAAAAAGUGCUGGUGAUACAUGUUACAUACCCAUGCCAUUCAUUCAAAAUACCCAAAGCAACUGCCACUGCCACCUCCCAUGGAAUACAAGCCAGCAAGUAACACAGGGAAUCUAAAUUUAUUCCACCAUGUGCUGAAAGGGAGGGCUUUGCAAUGUGCACAGAGAAUCAGGAUGCUGGGACUGCUUCAAAGGAAGGUUUGUGAGGAGCUGCUGCUGCGGAGUCACCGUCCCUGGAGGUGUUUGAGGAAAGACUGGACAUGGCACUUAGUGUCACAGUCAUGUCCACAUGGUGGUGUUUGGCCAAAGACAGGACUUGAUGACCUCAGAGAUCUUUUCCAGCCGAACUGACUCUGCGAUUCUGUACCAUUCUGCUCUCUCCAGCUCCUCAGCCAUCAUCCCCCGAACCCGAGCAGUCCAGGACUCCAGACCUCCUCCACAUCUCCAACCUUCAAAGCACGGAAGGGUUCUCUGCCUAAUGGAGUUUAGUUAUUUAUCUGAAAAAAUAAACAAACAAUCCCCACCAAAAGCAUUUUUAACAACUCUUCCAGGCGAUUCGAGCAUUUUAGGGAAGGUGUUAAGGAAAGCGGCGUCAAUACUGCCCGAGUUUGACGCAGCUCGCGAGCAAGGCCGACCCCCAAGCCCGCCGCCCGGCACUCCGCCCCCGUCUCCCUCCAGCACAGGAGGCGGAGCGGAGCCGCGGAUCCCAUCGCCACGGCAACGCGGCGGCCGCAAACCGCUCCCGGGACACGCGGCGGAUCCCACCGGCGGCGGACACGAGCGCCGGGAGCGGGCGCGGCCCGACGGAGAGGAGCCCGCCUUAGGCCUGGCCAGCAGCGUGCAAUGCCUCUCUUUGGGAACUCCUUCAGCCCGAAGAAGACCCCCCCCAGGAAAUGGGCCUCGCUGUCCAACCUGCACCUGCUGGAUAGAUCCACCCGUGAGGUUGAGCUGGGCCUGGAAUACGGCACACCCUCAAUGAACCUCGCUGGCCAGAGCCUGAAGUUCGAAAAUGGCCACUGGGUUUCAGAAUCAGGAGGCUUCGUGGGGGAUCGCAGGGAACUGCAGCGCUUGCGCAAACGAAACCAGCAGCUGGAGGAAGAAAACAACCUACUUCGGCUGAAAGUGGACAUCCUGCUGGACAUGCUCUCCGAGACCACCGCCGAGUCCCACCUCAUGGAGAAGGAGCUGGAGGAGCUGAAGCAGCACAGCCGGAGGAAGAAGUGAACAAGAGACGGCCAGGCUGGUUCUGGGUCUUGGCCCACAGGAUGCUGGGGCUGGCUUGGGCCUCCCAGCCAUGCUGGUACGGUGUGGAGGUACUUUGUUUCACGGGACCACGAGCGCCGAGAUGCCUCCAGCGUUGUGUGGUGCCGUGGGUACUUCUAAUGGCUGCUUUGGCACCACAGCGCUGUUAUCAACACGAUUUUCCUCAGAGCACUUUUACCUUGCUAGGUUUCCUCACCGCAGCCCAGCACGAAGGCGGCGGGGCGCGGGUCUCCUGAGGGCUCCUGACCGGAGCGGGGAGAGCCCUGCCCGCCCCCCCGGGAGCCCGCGGCUGCUUCUGCAAGCCUCACCGUCCCUGCCUUGGGCGAGCAGGAUGCUGGAGUUGCUCGUUCUCGAGAGUUUUGCAUAUUUUAUAUAAAACCUUGCAAUU